UGCACAUGCGCAGUCAAACGCCGGCGAUUUGUUCAUCCCCAUUAUCAGAAACCAUGGAGUCUUACGAUGUAAUUGCCAACCAGCCAGUGGUGAUCGAUAACGGAUCAGGAGUCAUAAAGGCAGGCUUUGCGGGUGAUCAAAUUCCAAAGUACUGCUUUCCAAAUUAUGUUGGGCGGCCAAAACAUGUGCGAGUCAUGGCAGGAGCCUUGGAGGGAGAUAUUUUUAUUGGUCCAAAAGCAGAGGAGCACAGGGGCUUGCUUACAGUCCGUUACCCUAUGGAACAUGGAAUUGUUAAAGACUGGAAUGAUAUGGAGCGAAUUUGGCAGUAUGUCUAUUCCAAAGACCAGCUUCAGACAUUUUCAGAAGAGCACCCUGUAUUGCUAACUGAGGCCCCCCUCAAUCCACGGAAGAACAGAGAACGGGCAGCUGAGGUCUUCUUUGAAACUUUUAAUGUUCCAGCUCUGUUUAUAUCAAUGCAGGCAGUGCUUAGUCUGUAUGCAACAGGAAGGACAACUGGAGUAGUCUUGGAUUCUGGUGAUGGCGUCACCCACGCAGUUCCCAUUUAUGAAGGUUUUGCCAUGCCCCACUCCAUCAUGAGGAUUGAUAUUGCUGGUCGGGAUGUCUCUCGCUACCUGAGGCUGUACCUCCGCAAAGAGGGCUAUGAUUUCCAUACGUCUUCUGAGUUUGAAAUUGUGAAGACUAUCAAAGAGCGUGCCUGUUUCCUAUCCAUAAACCCACAAAAGGAUGAGACAUUAGAUACAGAAAAAGCACAAUAUACUUUACCAGACGGAAGCACAAUUGAGAUUGGACCAGCUCGGUUCCGAGCUCCUGAGCUGCUUUUUAGACCUGAUCUGAUAGGAGAGGAAUGUGAAGGCAUCCAUGAGGUGCUUGUGUUUGCCAUCCAGAAAUCGGAUAUGGAUUUGCGGAGAACACUCUUUGCCAACAUUGUCCUCUCUGGAGGAUCCACACUUUUCAGAGGAUUUGGGGACCGACUACUGAGUGAAGUAAAGAAACUUGCACCAAAAGAUGUCAAAAUCAAAAUUUCAGCGCCUCAAGAGAGGUUGUAUUCAACAUGGAUUGGUGGCUCUAUCUUGGCUUCCCUGGACACCUUCAAAAAAAUGUGGAUUUCUAAAAAGGAGUAUGAAGAAGAUGGUGCCAGAGCAAUCCAGAGGAAAACUUUCUAAGUGCCAGAAGGUGCGGCCUGUUCCUUGAACUAAGCAUCUCCAAAGGGGGGCACGCUUGUCUGAGAGCUGGUGUGUGGCUGACUGUGUAUGAGAGAGAAAGGGCGAAAGUGAGAGAAGAGAGAGAGAGAGCGGGUAAAAGAAGUAAAGGAAGGCAUGGAAGAGCUCAGCAGAGUGAAGAAGAUCUCCUCAAAAAAGAAAUAUAACACAAAAAAAGUGAAGCCAUUGAUGACUAGCCUGGUCCCGUCCAUUUUUCUACGGCCUACCUCUAAGGCUGUUGUGAUCAUCUGUUGGUCCGUCAGGAGUACAUUUCUGCUGCUGUUUUUCUUUGUACCGAAUAGACCACGUCAGGUAUCUGAAAGUGCCCCUUGUCAAAACAGGAUGUUGCAGUGAUGUUCUGCUCACACAGAUCUCCAGCAAUGUGUUCAUUUCUAACUAAGCGAUUAACUCAUUGGAAAGAAAAAUGUCACCAUUUAGUGAGUUUUUUUCAGAAAUGAAGAAACGUCACGCGAAGAGUGGACUUCAACAUGUGUCUAUGGCUGCCACAGGCCUCUCUGCUUGCUUGCUAUCCAUCUGCCACUCAUGGAUCCCAUGUGACCAGAAUUGAUGACCCUGCAGUCUGUAUUUCCCUCUGUAGGUAUUCUUGGGUAAAUUUUUUAAAAUAUUUGGAACUCAGUCGCAGUAGAAACACAAAGGAAGCUUUCAGUGUACUGCCUUGAGAUGCAGCUUGUCGUUAUUUUUCAAGACAGUGCAAAAUUGUCAAACCGCUGUACAGUGGAACCAUUAUGGAUUUCAAGAUCAGCAGGGUAGGGUAUGCCUUUUUGUAUCAAUUGUUUGGUUGCUGUCAUUUACAUUAGCCCCUCACACACCCUCCAUAUUUGAGGUGCUUCCGUGGAUGACAUGUGACGUUCCUGAUUAGAAUGGCCCAUUGUGUUUGGUAACACUAGGCAAUGUAAUAAUUUACAUUUUUUUACUAUUUCAUUUGUAUGGUGAUCAAGUAGGCAUAGGAGAGCAGCAGAUUAUAGCAAUGCAAGUUGUACAUUGUGGAGCAAAAAAAUACAAGUUCUGGAAAGAAAUCUUGUUAUAAAAAACUGAUAAAACUCCCCCAAAGCUGCACGGUAGUGAGGAAUCGUUGCUCGGCAGGGCACUGGAAUGUUGGCUGACAUUUCUAUUGCAUCUUUGAGUAAAUAAUCUCCACAGAGGGUGGGUUGGCCGUCUGUUCUCUGCUGCAGGCCCGUGUGAGAAUGGAGUGGCAAACUCGUCCACAGAAUCCCACUUCCCUUGGCAGCAUUGCCACCUGGUGGCAAACAAUGAGAGUGCGCAAGAAUUGCCCUGAAGUAUCUGGUUAGGUUACAGCAGGGGUCUUCAAUCAUGAUCCUGGAGGUCCGCAGUGGCUACAGAUUUUCAUUCUAGCCAGUUUCCUAAUUAAUCCUCGCUGAUAAUGAAACUUGAUAUUUAACUUGAUGUCUUGUUAGUGCUUUCAUUUAUCAAAGACAAAUUUUAGUUAUAUUGUAGAUUAGGUGGUCCUUAAUUACAGUCCCGGAGGUCCACAGUGGCUGCAGGUUUUCACUUCAGGCAGUUUCUUGAAUAGAACCCUUUUAUUUACUACUAAAGCAAUAUGUUUUUUGGGCUCAAUUUUUUAGUUAUCAGAACACUUAAUUGCCUAUUUGAAUUUUUAGUGACUGCAUUUAAUUUUAAAUUGUUGCCUGUUUUCUUAACCACAUAUUAGUUAAUAAUGAAAUGCAGCUAACCAAUAAACCAGCAGCUCUUCUUUUUAAACCUGUGCUUAUGCACCAUGGAUAAAAAAAUGUUCAGAAGUAAAUGAGAGGGGACUUGGAAGGACCGUUCAGUUUAAAUCUGUUCACAUGAUUAAUGUUCUCACAGAAAGAAACCCUAGAGUGCAAUUGAAAUUUCCAUUGGAUGAGUGAAAGCAUUAACAAGUCAAAUAGGUAAAUACCAAGUUUCAUUAUCAGCAAGGAAUUAGGAAAACCUGCAACCACUGCGGCCCCCCAGGACCCUGAUUGAGGUUAGAGCUUGAAUCAGGUUUUAUCCUUGACCUCUUGCUGAGGGCCUUUAUUCCACCGUAACACACUAGCUUUUGCGUUUUUUAUUCCCUGAAGCUAAACUACCAUAUUCUCCUCAUGACCUUAUUUCCUUGUAUUUUUCUUAUUUUUUUUUUUUUACCCUAAACAUCUCUUGAUUUGGGCCAACAGAUAUUUUGCUAACAUGCCCUGCCCCACUUCACACAUUGCAGUAGCUCUGGUGGUUAGGGUUGAUUAAAUCUUCUUAAUGUGUAUGAAGACUGCGAGAUCGGCUUGUGUACCUCACACUUCUUUUCCUGUCGGCCUUUAAUUGAGAUCAUGCGUUUUAAGUUUGUGGUGUCUCCUCGGCUCGGUUUGCACUUCCAUGUAUUUCGCUUCUCUCAAUGUCAAACAAACCAGUUGCUCUGAAGGUGUCUGCAUAAUGUCCAGUGAGUCGUUUUAGUGUUUCCACUAAUGAUCACACAUAAGUGUCCCGUCCAAGUCAGACUGCUGCUUUGUAGAAGGUUAGGCCGCACAGAUUGGGACGGACAGGUCACAUUUCAGUGAGCUCAUCGUGCAUUUUAGUGUGUUGAACUUUCAAGGGUCACAGGCAACAGGAAAACUUCAGUUAGCUUCCCCAUCCUAAUGACUUGCAUAUUAGUAUGAUGGUGAGAUCAUGUGUGAGUUUACAUAAUAAUCCAGUUCAUUCAUUGAAACCUGCUUUCUAAAAUGCCAUGUAAUCCUUCAUCCUGAUUAGAGAAUUCAGGUUAUUGGCCUCUCAGAAACCGGAUUAACACAGGUAGAUUCCUCCAUGAAUAACCAAAUUAUAUGGCCCUGUAAACUUGAAACCGGCUCACUGUUAACGAUUUUGUAGUCUGAGCGUGUCUGUUGCACUCAGGAGCGGACUGGGUCUCAAACCCGGCCCGGGCAUCCUUCAGAGAGUGAGGAGGUGACGAGGUCGACCCACUCAGCCCAUUAUCAAUUGUAAUUUUCUUACAAUUUGUGAUGAGUACGCGGCUCGCUACUUGCUAUGAGCCAAUGAUAUGAACUCCUAUCUAAAGUGCUGCCAAACUUAACGUAUACACUGUUGUUUAGACACAGCUUAAAAUUUGACGACAUGCUUAGAAAUCAAAUGUAACGAAAACUACAAAUUCAGUAACACGGCUUACACGUUAGUAGAGUACAUGUCAAAUGUCAUGUCAUGUCCAAGUGUCAGCACCCUAGUAGGCUUGUAGCUUACGCAGUUCGCUGCUUUUAGCAGCCACAUCAUCAACGAUACUGUUAGUGUCCAGUUUGGCUAGGAUACAUUUCUCCACCGACAUCAACAUGAACGCCUCAAGAUGUUCUUGCGUCAUUGUGCGUCUCAGGCGCAGAGAAUGAUCUUUCACUUUGCACUUGUGACCCAGGCAGCGUUAGCAGUAGCUUGUAGGCAAUCAGUUAAGAGGAUCAACUGGAGUAGCAGCAGAGAGGACAGUCUUUACACCGUUGUCAAAAGCAAAGUAAGCGAUUACAGGUAUGAAACAAUUAUUUUCAACUGGAUAACCAAACUGCUCAUUUACAAUGGAAUAAAUUAUAACCGAGGUUAUGAUGAAAACCUCACAUGAUUGAAAUGUUCCAUUAAC